AUGACGGCCAUCCAAGAUUCAAGUAUCAGCAUGACGUUGAAAGGGGUCCAAGAGACAACUCUUUUCCCCCUCGCAGCAAAAGCGCAGGAUGCAGCGCAAUCGGAACCAGUUCUGGGCGACCGAUAUGCAGCCCAGACACUCUCACGUAUUGAUGCAAACUAUGACUGGCGGCGCGCCAAGGGUAACGCGUUUUUUCAGGCUGUGCUGAUAUCGCGGGCGCGUUUACUUGACCUGUGGACCGCCAAUUUUCUUCAGAGCCACGAUCAAGCGACCGUCAUCCAUCUUGCCUGCGGUCUCGACAAUCGGUGCCUUCGUCUGGCGCCUAUUUGGAAUGCACCAGAGAAGACGGUCCGGUGGCUCGACAUAGAUCUGCCCGACGUCGUGCAUUUGAGAAAGGGGCUGGACUUACCCAGACCGGAGGGCGACUACGAUCUCAGGGCCGCAGAUGCUUUGGACAAGGAUUGGCUCGUUGCGAUACCGGCAAAUAGGCCGACAAUCGUUAUAGCUGAGGGUCUGCUCAUGUAUUUGCAACCCGAAGAUGGCCUUUCAAUAUUGCAGCGAGCGGCCCAAAGAUUUCAGGGAGUCGGCGGGCAGAUUAUCUGCGACCUGGCUGGGUCCUGGGUCGUUGGGAACCAGAAACAUUCGCCUACGAGCAGGAUGGCCACGUUGCACUGGACUGUCAAUGACGCGGAAAUGGUAGCAAAGGCGGUCAGAGAAAGCGGGUGUCAGAGGUUCCGCUUAGACCAUGUAACACUUACGGAGGAAAUGACUGGAGGUUAUAGCGCGCAGGUUUCUGUGUUCGUCAAGGUGCUCAUAUGCCUAACACCUUAA